ACGCACACAGAGCUGUUAAAAGUUAAAACCGUCUAAAAAUUUUCUUGUAAACGUAUUUUUAUAGUAUCCUCCCAUUGACAUGUCAUCAACAAAUAGAUUUGGGGAGACUUGCUCAUCAACUUGUUUUUUUUUUUUCGUUCUUUUAGAUGGGCCUCUACAUGACCAGUCCAGUGGACAAUUCAUGCCCGUUUCGUUAACCCUAUAUGACCACUCCAAUGGGCAAUGGGCAAUGGACGUUGAAAUGUUACUAUCAAGCCAGUACACACACAAUAAUUGCUGUGACUAAACAAAAGUCCAAAGCGUUCGUAAAAUAGUCAAAAGAAUAUUAAUUAACUAUAUCAAAUGUUGUUUUUUUUUUUCUUUUAUAUCAAAUGUUGUUGUUAAGCUGUAUUAUUUUCUCCUACCGUAUCAUUGUCACUUUGUCAGUUUAGAAGUUCAGUUUCACAAGCAAAAUUUGUUUCAUUUUUAAUUCUCCUACCUACCAGCCAUUGUAUACGUGUAAAUAAAUAAUUCGGAACGGCUAGUGUUGCGUUUACUAAACAUAAUAUAGUUUUUCAACUUGUGGUUUGCUUGUCAAUUUCAAGUUAGUUAAUAUUGACAAAUUACUAUUCUUAUUAACUAUCAAACAAUUUAUAUUUAUUUUAAACACCUAAUUGACGAGAUGGCCUAUAAUUACCAAAGUUAUAUUAUGUUUAUACUAUUUUUUUUCUUGUUUGAGACUGUAUUUGGCCGCCUUUUUCAGUUGGCAAUAGUAAUAUACAUCAAGCAACCCAAAAUCCAUAUACAAAUGAUAUUCCACAAAUAAUAAUUGAUAAAAAUUACAAAACGUUCCCAUACAACUAGUGUACAUUUGUAACAUCUAUUGAUAAUUUAAACUACAAUAUUCACAACUCCCAUGACAGUAUAAACAAGAUCAUGUUAGUAUAAGUAACAACACCAUCAUAGAUCAAAAUAGAACGCUUAUAACGAUAUGGCUGCUUUGCAGAUGAAUAUCUCUUGUCUCAUCUUUCUUCAAGUACUACUGCUCUUGCUCUCUUUGUUUGCUCAAACCAAUGCGCAAGGGUUGAAAGUCGGGUUCUAUGACAACACAUGCCCGAAAGCUGAGGGUAUUGUCAAGAAGUCUGUCCUCGAUGCGAUAAAGAAGGAUCGGACAAUUGGAGCUCCUUUGCUCAGAAUGUUCUUCCACGACUGUUUCGUUAGGGGAUGCGAAGGGUCGGUCUUGCUAGAGCUAAAGAACAAAAAAGACGAAAAGAAUGCGCCUCCUAAUCUCAGCCUUCGAGGGUUUGAGAUCAUAGAUAAUGUCAAGGAAGCUGUAGAAAAGGAGUGUCCAGGCGUUGUUUCUUGCUCUGAUGUAUUGGCCCUUGUCGCUAGAGACGCAGUGGUUGCGCUCAAUGGACCGUCAUGGGGAGUUGAAACGGGAAGAAGAGACGGCCGGGUUACAAACAUCAAUGAAGCCAGAGCGAACUUACCAUCACCAUUUGAUAAUAUCACUAGCCUUAUCACCCAAUUUCGUUCCAAAGGCCUCGACAAGAAAGACCUCGUUGUGCUUUCAGGUGGACACACGGUUGGCAACGGACAUUGUCCUCUGAUCACAAACCGACUCUACAAUUUCACCGGAAAAGGAGACAGCGACCCGAACCUAGACACGGAAUACGCAGCCAACCUCAGAGGAAGAUGCAAGCCUACCGAUACCACGACGGCUCUAGAAAUGGAUCCAGGAAGCUUCAAAACAUUCGAUGAAAGCUACUUCAAGCUUGUGUCUCAAAGAAGAGGGUUCUUUCAAUCUGACGCAGCUCUUUUGGACAACCAAGAAACUAAGUCUUACGUUCUCAAGCAAACAAAAAGCUAUGGAUCUACUUUCUUUAAGGACUUUGGUGUCUCUAUGGUGAAGAUGGGUCGGAUUGGGGUUUUGACCGGUCGGGCCGGGGAAGUUCGGAAGAAGUGCAGAAUGGUUAACUAAGUCGAGAUAUUCUCAUGAAAUUGUGAUUAUUUGUAAAAAAUUGUUUGUGUAUUUUCCUGAAGAAUCAUGUAUGAAGUAAACGUAUUGAAAUGGGAAAUAGAAUAAAACUAUAAUAAAUAUUUUAUGA